UUUUGUUAUCAACAAUUUUCUAAAUUCUUUUUGUCGCCCUACUUUUACUCAAAUUCGAAAAGAAUGUAUCUCUCCUAACAGACUUUUCGGUUGUUAGCUCUAUCAAUUUAUAACCGCCGUAUACUGAUUAUGUAAGCAACGGAUUUCUCAGAGCUUCAACUGGGGGCAAAGUAAACAAUAACCUCUUCGGUAAGUUGCUGGCCAGGACACGGUGUGAGACAUUGAGUUGAAAUCUCUUCAACACCUCAUAACAUCAAGAACAACUCACGGCGCUCUGCAAGCGGCAAAAGGAAAGUGGAACACUUCCAUCAAUACGUUUACCGUCGGUUAGACAGCGUUACACUACUUGCUAACUUUGAGCGAAAGCGGUUCAGUUACCUGAGAAGAUCACAUAAAAGAAAGCACAGCGAUUAAGUUGUGAAGCCAUGACCGAACCAUUCGGCUCGCCAAGCUCAGGCAACGCCUCUGCAAACUCUAACAGUAGCGCUAUGGAGUUCCCAUCUGAUGUGACCAUCGGUCUCACUGUGUUUGCGUCCGUAUUAUUUGUCCUCUCCAUGAUCGGGAACGUCCUUGUCAUCCAUAUCGUGUGUACCCGCAAGCACAUGCGCACGUCCACUAAUGUACUCAUCCUCAACAUGGCGCUGGGCGACCUUCUCCUCACUAUCGACAUCCCGUUCAUUGUAAAGUGGUUCUUUGUCCACGAGAAAUGGUUUGGCGGUCGUUGGGUUGGGGGAUUUCUCUGCAAGGCGGCCAUGUCCGCGCAGCCCGGCUCCAUCGCCGUUUCUGUGUUCACGCUUGUGUUCAUCAGUCUAGAUCGGUGCUGUGCCAUCCUGUGUCCUCUGAAGAAAGCAAUGAAAGGGUCCGUCCUGAAGAUUAGCAUCAUAGGAAUUUGGCUGGCUUCAGUUGCGUUCAGCGCCCCGGUCAUGAUAGUGACUGGCGUACGAGAGACACCAAAUGGCGUCAUCUGUAAUGAAUACUGGACAGACUACCCAAUGAUCAACCCUAAGGCGUUUAUAUCGGCCUACAUGGUAUGUACUUACCUAUUGCCACUAGUAACUGUGGCAGCACUUUACGCCGCCACCGCCAUCAAGUUAUGGUCAAGGAAGCUUCCUGGAAAUGAGAAUUUACUUGCACAGCAGAAAGUGAAUGCGUCCAGUAAGAAAGCCACUGCCAUGUUGAUAACUGUGGUCGUGGUGUUUGCGGUGUGCUGGUUGCCGUUACAGAUCCGCGAAUUCUUGAAACUGAAUGCGCCGGACUUAGAGAUUCCUCUUCGUGUGGACAUAGUUCUUCCUUGGAUAGGAAUAUCAAAUAUAGCCAUUAACCCUCUUCUUUAUGGUAUUUUUUCUGAAAAGUACCGCCGCGAAUUCGCGAACAUUUUGUUUUGUCGUGUGUCUCAGAAGCACGAGAUGUAUCCUGGAUUUACGACCAUUCCCGACCGCACUCCGAACACCACGCCGAUACUUGAUCGGAGGCGACGAUCCACCUUAUACGGAAAUAGCUUGAGUCCGUGUCCUGACCACAAAAGGCGCUCGACAAGCGAACUUAUCCAACUGAAAGACAUGAACAAAAAGCUAUUCAACGGAAACCGCUGAGCGCUAUGGGAAACCGUGUACAAUAUAAUACCCCGACAAAAGCUUCCAUGAUGGCUGCAUUUUUUUUCGCACCCCCCUGGUUGAAAUAGAGCGUGUGUUAACAUCGACCAACAUUGCUGGCGCUGCUACGCUCGGUUGACCAAAAGACAAAGAAAAUGUUGGCGAACAACGUCAAAGCACCUUCCAGCAUGAUGGACAAUCAGUGCCAACAUUUCUGGGCCAUGGGCUUUACGAUCGCGGUCCCAAAGAGGCUACAUAUACGACAAUAGAAUAUUGAUACACCAUUUCUUAGCUGUUAUUGUUUAUAUCAUUCGACUACAAAAAAAAAUUCCAAUCAACCAUG